AGUAUUAUCCCAGAGGCUAUCUUUUUCUUCCCUUUCUUUUUGACUUUAUUAUAGCAGAGCAAUUUCCCCCUCAAAUUUUGCAUAAUCCAUCCAUGGCUACCGACGAUAGGAAGCUUCACGUAGUGGUGUUUCCAUGGCUGGCCUUUGGCCACAUGAUUCCCUUCCUAGAGCUCUCCAAGUCCAUUGCCCGAAAGGGUCACAGAGUCUCCUUCGUUUCCACCACAAGGAACAUCGAUCGCCUCCCAAAGCUCCCUCCAACCUUGUCUCCUCUCAUCGACCUCGUCAAGCUUACGCUACCCCGCGUCGACGGCCUGCCGGAGAACGCCGAGGCCACGACCGACCUCGGAUUCGACGAGUCCCACUACCUGAAAGCCGCCUUCGACCUGCUCGAGCCUCAGUUCACUCGCUUCAUUGAGUCCUCUCCGCCGGAUUGGGUCAUUCACGAUUACGCCCAUUUCUGGGUGCCCCCCGCGGCUCACAAAUUCGGAAGCUCAUGCGCCUUCUUCCUGAUCAUGUCUGGCUGGUUCCCGGCCCUCGCCGGACCGCCCUCGGCGAUGCUCGAUCCCGCCGGCCCGCCUCCGCCGCCGCCGGGGGGCCCCAACGCCCAACCUAAGUGGAUCCCCUUCCCCACCGACGUGGCUCUUCGCCCUUUCCAAAUGAAGCGGAUGAUGGCCCUCGCUGGAUCGGCGAACGCGUCGGGGAUCUCCGACCUGUACCGGCACGGGGCCUCCGUCGUCGGCUCCGACGUCUUCGCUCUUCGCUACUGCCGAGAGUUCGAAGGCCAGUGGCUGGCCGUCCUCGAAAACCUUAACCAGAAACCUGUGAUUCCGGUGGGCUUAAUGCCGGCGUCGGUGCCGGAAGAUUCCCCAUCGGAGUGGGUAACUAUCAAAGAGUGGCUCGACAAGCGCCCCGCCGAGACUGUGGUCUACGUGGCUCUGGGGAGCGAGGUGUCGCUGACUCAAGAAGAACUCUCCGAGUUGGCUCACGGGUUGGAGCUCUCCGGCGUCCCCUUCUUCUGGGCACUGAAGAAGCCGAAAUCGGUGAAAUUACCGGAUGGAUUCGAAGAUCGAAUCGGAGAUCGCGGCAUCGUAUGGAGCAACUGGGCACCCCAGGUUCGGAUACUGGCACACUCAUCUGUGGGUGGCUUCUUGACUCACUGUGGAUGGAGCUCAACCAUCGAAGGAAUCCAAUUCGGGCGGCCAUUGAUUAUGCUUCCAUUCCUGGUGGACCAAGGCCCCAACGCCAUUCUACUUCGAGGGCGGAAGCUUGGAUUGGAGGUGCCGAGAAAUGAAACAGACGGGUCGUACAAGAGAAACGACGUCGCGGAGACGAUCAGGCUGGUUAUGAGCAGCGCGGACGGAAGGAUUUACAGGGAGAAAGUGAGGGAGAUGAGCGCCGUAUUUGGAGAUAGAGAACUUCACGAUGGGUACAUGAACAAUUUCAUUGGGUAUCUGGAAGAACAUAGAAAGAAGCAAGAGUAGAGCUCCAAGUAGUGCGUUUAUCUCUCUUUAUUUCUUGCAAUAAGAAGAGAUUGCCAGAUUGGGAGCCUGAUGGUGUAUUGGUGGGAAUUCUGGAAUCUGGGUUUUGUUUGUGGUGUUAGUCUGAAGAAUUUGGUGAUCUCAAAUCAAUUAAGAUGUUUUGGAUUUGGAUUUACCAAAGUAUUAUUACGUUAGUUUAUGUAAAAGGAGUGUAGUGGCUGCUGGACUUGGAUAAUUCUAUCUUGUAUUCCGAUAAUAAAAUAUAUGAUUUGGAUUGU